GAGAGAGAUGAGAGAGAGAGAGGAGGCUGGAGAACAGCGCAACUUCCUCAGAGGUAAGAGCGGAGGAGAGUGACUGUACCGGGGACGCAGAGGAGGAUUCCGCGAUGCGCCACUCGCGCGUAAAGCCCCCGGCGCCGUCUCCAGCACGCCCAGUACGCGCAGAGAGGAAACACAACUGCCAGGAACGUUAAAUAACCCCCGUGAACACCAAUCUCAGGUCUUUGGCAUCGAAGAAUUAGAUGGAAAACGCGAGGAUAUCUUGAACGCAGCAUCGGCAGGUCGAAUUAGAUUUUUCCCGCCGACAUAAGAGUGAAGGAAAUGAAUACCAGUGGAGAUAAAAGGGUCAAAUGAUUUGGAGAAAAGAAAAAAUCAACCCUGAAACAUGAAGAAAUGCGUCCGGAGCAUUUUCACAACAAGGACAAUAAACUCAUUCAUAUGUUGCCGUGGACGGACUCUGUUGGGCUGAGAUUUUGAGACACUCCGUGUGUAAUUUCACUCUGUAACUGUCUGUGCAGCAAGUAGACGUAGUGAGCGUGGAUGGGAACAGUGUGUAUAAUGCUUAAAUGUACUGUCUUUUUUUUGGUUUUGUUAUUGCCCCGGAAACUGAAGCCACAGUGAAACAUUUUGCCACCAGACCUGCUAUCGCCUCAUCACAGUGUGCUCCCGGGACCUGGGGUGUGAAACUGUGCUCUGAAUAUUGAUCUCUGCUCUGUCGUCUGCUGGUGGUCAGAGGCCGAGCUCCUCUUCCUUGACGUGAUGGAGGAGAAUCCAAUAACUUAAUUUCAACUUCAUAGUUUUGGUCGCUGAACUGUGCAUAAACGACAUUUAAGGCUCAGCAAUGACAUAAAAGGAAUACAAAGACCCAAAUGUUUCUCUGAGAACCUAAUCAAUAUCUCUCAAAUCGGUGGCCUUGGUCUCAAAAUGGACACAGAUUCUUAGUUUGCCAAUUUCCCUUCUCAUUUUCUCUUCAAACAUGGAGAAUGUUUCGAGCCCCGGCAGUGCACCGCCAGUCUGCAACGACUCUGUGGACUUCUACUCCCUCGCGUCUGGAAACCGCACCGGCCUAUACUGCACUCCGCCCGCGGAGUUUUACUUCUACGCUGACCUUUACAUCAUUCUGCCGGUCAUCUACUCUGUGAUCUGCGCAGUGGGACUGACGGGCAACACGGCUGUCAUCUACGUGAUCCUCAAAGCGCCGAAGAUGAAAACAGUCACCAACAUGUUCAUCCUGAACUUGGCCAUUGCGGACGACCUGUUCACUUUGGUGCUGCCGAUCAACAUAGCCGAACACUUGUUGCACUACUGGCCUUUCGGCGAGGUUUUGUGCAAAGUCAUCCUCAGCAUAGACCACUACAACAUCUUCUCCAGUAUCUAUUUUCUGACAGUCAUGAGCAUUGAUCGCUACCUGGUGGUCUUGGCCACGGUGAGGUCCAAGCGGAUGCCUUACCGCACAUACCGAGCAGCCAAAAUCAUCUCGCUGUGUGUCUGGAUCCUCGUCAUCCUGAUCGUCAUGCCUUUCACCGUUUUCGCCGGCGUCUACGUCAACCCGAACGACGAGAGAAAGAGCUGCGUGCUCAGCUUCCCCAGCCCGGAGAGUUUGUGGUUCAAAGCGAGCCGGAUCUACACGCUCAUCCUGGGCUUCGCCAUCCCGGUCUCAACCAUCUGUAUCUUAUACACCAUGAUGCUGUAUAAGCUGAGGAACAUGCGGCUCAACAGCAACGCUAAGGCGCUGGACAAGGCCAAGAAGAAGGUCACCAUCAUGGUGUUCAUAGUCUUGGCCGUCUGCUUGUUCUGCUGGACCCCAUUCCACCUCAGCACCAUCGUGGCCCUGACGACGGACCUGAGGACCACGCCGCUGCUGAUCGGGAUCUCCUACUUCAUAACCAGCCUGAGCUACGCCAACUCCUGCCUCAACCCGUUCCUCUAUGCCUUCCUGGACGACAGCUUCAGGAAAGCCUUCAAGAAGAUGUUGGAAUGUAGACCGGCCUGAAUGUCUGACGGUGCCGAAGCGUGAAACCUGCCGCAGACGUCCACGGGGACGAACUGAGUGAGCACAGACUGUGGUUGGAAAGAUUGACAUUCAGUUCCGAAGUCUCAGUUCAUGUGGUGCACCUUUGACUGUUUGGUUUGUUAAAGCUGCACUAGGCAACUUUGCACAUUGUUUGCACAUGUAGCAGCAGUUAGCUAAGAUAAAUCUUUGAUACAUGCAUAGAUAUAAAUAAAAACAUACAAUUAUUGCCUAUAAACUGCACAUAACAUUGUCAAUGUGGAAAUUCUGAUUAUAUAUUUUUUUGUUCUCUGGUAAACCAAAGGGAACCAGAACCUUGUUGAGUCCUGCUUCAUCUAGACAGAAAGCAGUUUGGGUGUCGCGCUUGAAUUUAAAUCAUCAUUCUCAAGCAUCAAGCAUAUUAAAAUCUCUUGAUGCAUGGGGACAUGAUGCUUUUUCUUUUUUGUCACAGCUAGAAUCUUCUGUAUCUAUACAUAAAUUGCCUAGUGCAGCUUUUCAUGGCAGGGAAUGUGAGCGGCUGACGUAAAGGACAUUAUUGAGAUAAAAAAAAGACAAAAAAGCUGUGUGUAACCAUUUGCAGAAUUGCCCAUCGUCAUUGUGUCUGAAGAGCUGGCCAGUAAAUCAGAUUGCUUUACAGUUUAAGGCCGACUUUAAAAUGUCAGACCUUUUUGGCGAAGGUAAAAAUGAAUCCAAUUACGACGCAGCGAGCCGAGAGCGGGUCACUGCAGACGGCUGUGACCUUCACCGGACUCAAGACUCGGAGGACAGAGGGACGUCUGUGAGGACCGAACAUCUGCUGCGCGGAGAAAACUACAGCUCAACGAAGCAUCACCGAUUUGCAUGUUGUCAAUCAAAUCCACAUCGUGGGACUAGUCAGGGAUGGAGGGUUACAGGAUGCAUGUCAUGUCAUGUCAUUUGGUCAUUGUUAUCGACGACAAAAAGAAUGAAGGGUAAAAAGUGCUUUAAAAAAAGAAAGCUGGUCGGAUUAUUCCACAAAUAUUGUGUUAUCAUGUUUCCAACCAUCUGCCUUUGAAAUAUGCUUUGUCAUGAGAAGUUUGAUGAAUUUUGUGGAUUACCUGAGAUGUUAGCGUUUCUGAUUUCCAGAACAGAACAGUUACAGAAAUAUUUUUGCAAAAUAUGACCCAUACGGGCCGCUUCUGGCCACUUUUCCAUAACUGUGUACAGUCUAAGAAAUGAAAAAGGAACCUCACCAACCCUGACAACAGUACUGUAGGCCUGAUAUGAGACAGGCAUGGGACAGGAGGGCUAUGUAAAAUGUAACUGUGUCUUGACAAGUCUUUAUUAUUUCUGUGAGCUAGCUUUUGUCGCCCCCUGUUGAUGACAGGGCAACGUUACCUUAGAAUGCAGCCAGAGCCAUGUACAGUACAGACGUUGAGCAAAAUGACACUGAUGGGAGACGGUGCGUUUCAUUGUCUGUGACAGGUACAUGUUCUUGAGAUCAUAUAUUAAUAUUUAUCAUACUAAUAUGCAUACGCAGCAUCUUUUGGUACCUGACUUGCAGGUCAUGAUUCCUGUCAUCUGGAAACAUUUUUUUCAAUAAUAUCUGCAAUCCCGUCAGAUUCCCAAUUGCACUGUUCAUAUAUAUCAUAAAUAUAUUGAAAACACAAGGUUUCACUGUGUAUAAUCACAAUGUCAGAGGAGGAAUAUUCACAUGAGUGAAAAAAAAUGCAAAGGAAAUAAUUUUUGAAGGUUGUCCUGAAUGUAAUUAUUUUAUGGUAAUGAUUUGCCAAGAUGAAGGGGUGAAUUUGAAUCUGCUAAAUUUAGCAGAUUUUGUGUUAUGAACACUAAAGAACGUCAUGCUCAUAUUCAUAGAACUCAGAGCAACCUUAAAAUACUGGGGUGGAGACGCCCUAAGGUUCUGGGAAAGCAAAGCUUGGAAUCUAAGAAUUAUGUUAGACGGCCGUAUUCAACUUUAAAUUUUGGACACAUCUUCCAAAAUAAAGUGACAUAUUCAAACAGAAUGUUCCUUUAAAUGUUUAUACAAUGCAAAAUUUGUCUUUUGUAAAUGACUCGUCUGAGGAUGAAUGAAAAAUGUUACAGAUUUUUGCUUCUCUCUCCCGGUUGAGGGUGACAUCAUCUUGCAGCAGUGAUUUAACAAACGUGUGAUGUCAACCAGCUUUCUACAAAGGCUCCGUCUGUGUGGCUCUGACUGCAAAAAACUAAACUAUUCUAAAUGUCCAGCUGUAAAUAUAUGUAUCUUUUUCAUGUAACUGUACAGAGGAUGAAACGAUCUGUCACAACAUUAAGUUACCUAUUUUAAUUUAUUGGCUGAUCAGUGUAUAUACCAUGUAUGCAGUCACGACACUUAUACAGAUAACUCGGUGUAUUGUCAUCGUGAUGUAAAGUCAAUUAUUCUUUGUAUCCGUAAAACUAUGUGCGUAACACAAAUGAGAAAUCAUGUGAAAUUUGAGUUGGGGACUUCGAAUCGCUGUCUUUUUAUGCAGCCUGUAAUAUAAUUAAGAAUCAUGGCAUUGAUUAAAUGAUAAAUACAAGUUUAUUUUUC